UUAUAAUACAUAAUGAAUUAGGUAUCUAUUUUAAAUAUGUUAAAAAAUUUUUAAGAAAAUUAAAACAUAUAGGUCAGAAAUUCGUCAUUUUCUCGUUGGCCCUUGACCUUCUCUCUCUCACCGCGCUGUCACUCCAUCUUUUGUUUCACCUCUCUACGAAGGAGAAGGGAAAGAGAAGAAACGAGAGAAAAAAAAUUUCAAGUUUUCGACUCCGAUAUCAGUCCCCCAAACAUUGUUCAACUUCACACACCCAAUUUUCAAAACCUAUUUUUACAAAUUUCUCAAAUUUAUUUUUAAUUUAUAGAAGGAGCAAAUCUCGAUACCAAUCUUGAAAUGGUGAGGAAGAAAGUACCUGAUUGGCUCAACAGUUCGCUCUGGUCCACACCUCCCAGCGACGAUCGCCUCCACCGCUACUCCCCUUCUCCCACCUCCACCACAACAACCUCCUCCGCUGCCGUUUCCCAGCCGACUGUUCAGCCUCCGGUUCCAGUGCCUUCUCCCCCAGUAGUCUCAAAACCUCAGUCCACUCCCACUCCUCCGAAAUCCGAAAUCAGAGAUCCAGUUAAUAGAAAUAGUAACAACAAUAGCAAUGAUAAUGAUCAAAACGGUGGUUCUUCUCCCGUUUCUCCCGAUGAUAUCUCUCGCCAGGCUCAGCUCUUGGCCGAGUUAUCAAAGAAAGUAGUAAAUAUGCGGGAGCUGCGAAGGAUUGCCUCGCAGGGGAUUCCUGAUGGUGCAGGAAUCAGGUCUACUGUGUGGAAGUUGUUAUUAGGGUAUUUACCGCCUGAUCGUGGGCAGUGGUUGUGUGAAUUACCUAAGAAAAGGUCUCAGUACAGGCAUUUUAAGGAAGAGCUCUUAAUGAAUCCUUCAGAAAUCACAAGGAGGCUGGAGAAGUCCAUGGGUUGUGACAAAGAUGAGUCAAAACCUGAAAGCAGGGGUAUGCUGUCAAGAUCACAAAUAACUCAUGGAGAGCAUCCUUUGAGCCUUGGGAAAAGUAGCAUCUGGAAUCAAUUCUUUCAGGACUCAGAAAUCAUAGAACAGAUUGACCGAGAUGUGAAGCGCACUCAUCCUGACAUGCACUUCUUCUCUGGGGAUUCGCAGCUUGCAAAAUCUAAUCAGGAUGCACUGAGAAACAUAUUAAUUGUAUUUGCCAAGUUAAAUCCAGGUAUAAGAUAUGUUCAAGGGAUGAAUGAAAUCUUGGCACCUCUAUUUUAUGUAUUCAGAAAUGACCCUGAUGAGGAAAUGGCGGCUGCUGCUGAAGCCGACACAUUCUUUUGUUUCGUUGAGUUACUGAGUGGAUUCCGUGAUCAUUUCUGCCAGCAACUUGACAACAGCAAUGUGGGUAUUCGUUCCACAAUUACGAGGUUGUCACAGCUUCUGAAGGAGCAUGAUGAAGAGCUUUGGCGUCAUUUAGAGGUCACAACUAAAGUUAACCCCCAGUUUUACGCAUUUAGGUGGAUUACUCUACUCUUGACACAGGAAUUCAAUUUUGCAGACAGCCUUCACAUCUGGGACACGCUUCUAAGUGACCCUGAAGGUCCUCUGGAGACAUUGCUUCGAGUGUGCUGUGCGAUGCUGAUUCUCGUUCGAAGGCGCCUGCUAGCCGGGGAUUUUACUUCCAAUCUUAAGCUACUCCAAAGCUAUCCCUCAACAAAUAUCAGCCAUUUGCUCUAUGUUGCAAACAAGUUGCGCACACAAGCCUCGGGCUAAAGCUUAUUAACCACGCAAUUGUCUCUUUUCAUCUUUUGUCCCCCUUUGACCCUUUUCCUUUGGUUUCAGAAAAAAUAGUGAUUGUAAAUUGGUGGGUGUAAAUUGGUUGGGAGUUACAGCUAACAUGCGGGGAGAACAUUUCUCUCUAUUUCUGUUUCAUUACAUUGUUUUCUGGAAGUAAAGUUAUGUCGUAUUUGUUUUAUUCAGGAUUUGAUUUUGCGGUGAAAGAUUUUGUUUUUGAAACGUUACAUUUACUUCUUAUUUUGAGACAGUGGUGGUUUUAUGAAAAUCUUAUUUAGUAUAAAUUUAAUGUAUAAAAAUAAUUUGUCAA